AUGAGUUCUGAGACCAAUAGUAUAGGAAAAUAUUCAGAUUGGUCAAAAGAAGAUUUGAUUUCCAGAAUUUUAGAAUUGGAAACUCCCAAAAAUGAACAAAAUGGUACUAUAAUUAAAAGAGAUCAAAAACCACAAAAGAAAUCUAAACCUUUUGAUUUUUCCAAACAUCAUACAAGAUUUAUUGCAUUAAAAUUUUCAUAUUUAGGUUGGAACUAUAAUGGAUUGGCUAUACAAAAAGAACCAACUCCAUUACCAACAGUGGAGGGGACAAUAAUAGAAGCUUUAAAUAAAUGUAAAUUAAUACCAUCAUUAAAUCCCGGAAAUUUUAAUUUUAGUCGAUGUGGUAGAACUGAUAAAGGUGUUAGUGCAUUGAAUCAAGUGAUUUCAUUAAAAGUAAGAUCAAAUUUGACACCAGAGGAACAAUUGGAUCCAAAUUUAGACUCUAAAGAAUUUGAUUAUAUUAAUAUAUUAAAUGGGAUAUUACCAUCAGAUAUAAAGAUCCAUGAAAUUUCCCUAAGACCCCCACAAGGGUUUGAUGCUAGAUUUAGUUGUACAUCACGUCAUUAUAAAUAUCUUUUCCAUCAACAAGGGCUUGAUAUUGAAUUAAUGCAAAAAGCUGCAAAAUUAUAUGAAGGUUCACAUGAUUUUAGAAAUUUUUGUAAAAUUGAUGGAUCAAAACAAAUUUCAAAUUAUGAAAGAACUAUUUUAAAAUCUCAAAUAUUGGAUUUAGGGAAUGGAUUAUACUGUUUUGAUUUAGAAGGUAGUGCAUUCUUAUGGCACCAAGUUAGAAAUAUGGUUGCCAUUUUGUUUCUUGUUGGACAAAAACUUGAAUCACCAGGAAUUGUUACACAAUUAAUGAAUAUCCAAGAAACUCCAACAAGACCAUUAUUUGAUAUGGGUUCAGAUAUUCCAUUAAUUUUAUAUGAUUGUAAAUUCCCAGAAAUGGAAUGGGUUAAAGCUAAUAAAUGUGCAAAAUAUGAAAAAACUUUAACAAGUGUUUAUUCUCAAUGGAUUGAAUUAAAUAUGAAAACUCAAGUUGCAAAAUUCAUGUAUGAGAAAUUUGUUAAUGAUGAUGAUAUUUUCCAAAAUUCAAAUGAAAGAAGAACAAGAAUUAAUUUAGGUGAUGGUAAAGGUAAAAUUGUUGGUGAAUAUGUUCCAUUGUUUAAAAGAGAUCGAAUGGAAUCAUUUGAAGUUGUUAAUGAAAGAUGGAAAAAGAGAAAAUUGAAUGACAAAAAUUAG